CUUUUAGGGGACGCUAACUAAUGCUUAACAUCUGUCCUAUAGGACUACAUUGCUGCCCGGUUCAUAACUGCUGGUAACAGCGUUCUCGCGCAAUACUCGAUCAACUUCAAGGAUUUUUUGUUGAUAUAUUAAUCAUGUAGAGACAAAAACAUGAGAAAAUAGAGUUCAGGUUAAAAAAAAAAGGUGCCUUUAACUUCAUGAAGAUGUCCCUCUGUAGUGGUGGUAGCGUCUCUCAGGUUUAGUGUUUCCUCUGCAGUAAGAGCAGUGUGUUGUCUGCAGGUUGUAGGUAUGAAGGAGCAGCUGAUGAACAGCGAGGACGGAGCCUCCUUCAUGGACUCCACCUCCUCCUGGAGCAGAAACAGCACGGUGACCUUCUCCCCCUCCGAGCUUUUCAGCCUGUGUGGAGCGGAGGAUCAGAAGUUACAGCGUCCGGGUCUCACCUCCACCCCCGUCUGUCCCCUCAAACACUCCACCAAGACCAACCAGGACAACUCUGGUCUGCACUGCAGCCACAGCAGCCAGACGCCCUCGGAGACGGGAGAGAAGAUCAAAGCGCUGUGGAUGUCGGCUCCUCAGACUCCGACGCCUCUGAAGAUCCAGAACGAGGUGUCGGUCUGUUCCAGCAGGAUGAUGAACCUGACGUGGGAGGAGCGAAGGCUCGAUCCCGACAGCCAACAGUCCAGCAGCUCUGAGGUGCAGGGGGAGAGUCUGCUGAGCGCCGUCGUGCACGUCCAGAGGGAGUCCAGAUCCGGCUCACAGGAUCAAGAUGGCUCUGUGUCCCAGGUCCAGAGAGAGUCCGGUUCUGUGUCCCAGGUCCAGAGAGAGUCCGUCUCUGUGUCCCAGGUCCGGAGAGAGUCCGGUUCUGUGUCCCAGGUCCAGAGAGAGUCCGUCUCUGUGUCCCAGGUCCGGAGAGAGUCCGGUUCUGUGUCCCAGGUCCGGAGAGAGUCCAGUUCUACCCCGGGCUGUGACGAGUUUGGCUGCUUCCUAUUGGACGGCCAGAUGGAGGUGUAUUGGUGUCAGCAGCCAGUCGGUUACCUGCACUCACCUGAAUGUCCUGCGUACAGGCUGAACCCCUUCGAGCUGAGCGGCGAGUUACAGCUGGUGAUGUUCGGGAAAACAGAGGACCAGCUGAGUGUUACGGAGCAGGCGCGCCUCUACGUGGAGCCGUGAUCACCUCCAACCAUCGGCGUCUUCAGCACCGGCAGCCGUUCUUCCGUCGGUCCAGAAGCCGCCGUGACGCCUCAUAUUAAACAUUAAAUAUUAAAUAUCGUUAGCUUCAGGAAGCUAAUCAUGAGUCAGCAUUUAGCUUCACACACUGCACGGCUCUUAUUGAUUUAUUUAGCAGUUUACGUGUCCAACGUCUGGUUUUAUGUGUUUUUACUGAAAAUGGAUUUUAACAAUAAACAUGAGAACAUAUUUUUAUCAUUUUAAACAAAGUUUUUAACUGUAUGUGGUAGUUUUACUGAAAAAGAUGUGGAUUUGUUAUAUUUUAAAGAUCUGUAUAUACAUAUUAAUUUAUAUUUUAAAGAUCUGUAUAUACAUAUUAACUUAUAUUUUAAAGAUCUCUAUAUACAUAUU